AUGGCCACCGGCCAGGAAGCUGUCUCUUUCAACCAAAUUAUCAACGCUGAUCGCCAGAAGAAAAGAAACGAGGAACUUGCCAACAGGAUCCUUGGGAAAAACCGACUGAGCUCAGCCGGCACCAACCCCAAGGCACAGAAUGCGACGGCGGGGAGUUUGGCGAGUCGGAUUGGUGUGGCCAAGCGCUCCACCUCUACUGCUUCUGUCAAGUCUAGAAAAGCCAAACGUGUCUCGUCGGCGCCUGUACGAGGAGGUCUAUCAAGCCAAAAACGUCGCCCCGAUGAGGAACGUCUGAUUUCGGCCCUCAAUCCUGCCAGCAGACAAGCAACAAUUCGGGAUGGGCCUAGUGGGAUGAGCAUACGGGGAACAUCGGGGCCUUUUGUGGUCAUUGGGAGCAACUUCGCCGCCGGGACCACCGCUGCAGAUAUACAGUCGACAAUUGAGCCUAUGUCAGGGAAGAUAUUGAGGUGUUGGGUGACCUCGCAACAUCCUACCGUGACCGCAGAGAUUACAUUCGCCGAAAAAUGGGCGGCCGAGAACGCCAUUGCUAAUUUUCAUAACCAGAGGGCUGAUGGUUUAAUUCUUUCGUUGCGAAUGAAACCAGCCGGCCCAAGCCUUCAAAAUGCUCAAUCUUCCUCCUUUAGCAAGCAACGAGAACAAGCAGACCGGCAGCGCCAUGUACAACGUGGAGCCGACCCCACAAUCCAAGAUGGAAGCUAUGGUUUUGGUGAACAGAGCGGUGAUGCUCGGGGAAAUGCUCGCAAUAACCGUCGGAACUUUAGGGGUCGAAACCAGGGAAGAGGCGGCCGGAAUAUGAACCAAGAUACCAACGAACAUAGCCUUUACAGCGAUCAAAUGAUCCAUUGA